AUGGAAACUUGUGUUCUUAUCCCGCCGGAGUUCAGUUUAGUUUUGAGCGCCGUGAAUACUGGAAAGAAUGUUAACACUUUGUACGAGAUGGACGUCAGCGUGUGGAGCAAUCAGCUCGUACCUCUAGGAUCUAAGUUCUCUCCAUUCCAAGGUACAAUACGACUAGAUCGAUUGGAGUUAUACAGCGUUCUCGAUGUCAAUGAUGUGCGAAACAGAUUCGGUUGUUACGAUCAAAUUCAAGUAGUAGAAAAUCGUAAAGUCCGGCACUGCAACUGGGUCCGUUUUCUACGAUGCUCACCCACUGUGACAAGUGAUGUCAACCUGCUUGUUCGCGUAAGGCCCGAUGACAUAAUUUAUGAAUGCAUCCGGCAGGUGUCUCCCAACACAGAGCUUGUCGUUCAUUACGAUGAAAACCAAGUGCAUACUGGAUUCUUCGGUUUCCCAUCAACCUAUCGGACUAGUCCAUUUCGAAGAAAUAUUUGUAGACAAGCAAUUGAAGAUAGCCCUUUGGAUUUGUCCAAGUCUUUAGUGUCAUCACCGUCUGUAGAAGUUGUCACUGAUUUAGAAAAACCUCAUGAUUUAAGUAGAAGGUCUCUGUCAAGUUUACAGAAAUCUCCAGAGACUACUUCUUCCAGAAACAGGAGCGUCUUUUGUCAGUCACUAGUCGACUUCAGGCCAAUCAAAAAACAACGGGAUCGAACCCUUUUACCAUGUGAAUAUUGUGGGAAAUCAUUCGACCGACCAUCUCUCCUGAGUAGACACCUAAGGACUCACACAGGAGAAAAGCCUCAUGCUUGUGACGUGUGUGGUAAAGGAUUUAGCACGUCCAGCUCUUUGAACACUCAUCGUCGCAUACACUCUGGUGAGAAACCUCACCAGUGCCCUCAGUGUGGUAAAAAAUUUACUGCUAGCUCAAACUUGUAUUAUCAUCGCAUGACGCACAACAAGGAAAAACCACAUAAAUGCAAUCUAUGUGUGAAGUCGUUUCCGACUCCUGGAGACCUGAAGAGUCACAUGUACAUUCACAACGGCUCCUGGCCAUUCAAGUGUCACGUAUGUGGUCGUGGAUUCAGCAAGCAGACAAAUCACAAAAAUCAUCUGCUUCUUCACACAGGAGAUAAACCUCACGUUUGCAAGGUAUGUCAUAAGAAGUUUGCCCUGGCGUGUAACCUGCGUUCCCAUUUAAAAACUCACGAAGAAUCACAGCAAGACAAGUGUCAUCGGUGUGGCCACCUGUGUCCAGUCGAUAAAGGUUUUGUGACGCAUGGUUGCUGCUACGAUUGUUACAAUAACAAUCAAGGAGUUCCUCUCAUUGGUCAGUCUCGUCACCGUUAUGUGGAAAUACUACACUGAAUCAAAACUGCAGAAAAAUACUCCAAUCAUGAUGCUAGCCUGGAUUUAUUUAA